AUGGAACCUCAUCAGUCAUCAAAUGGUCCAAGAGGGUUUAGAGUUCAAGCUCCACUAGUCGAUUCUGUAUCAUGUUAUUGCAAAGUAGAUUCUGGUUUAAAAACAGUUGCCGAGGCAAGGAAGUUUGUCCCAGGAUCAAAACUUUGUAUCCAGCCUGAUAUCAAUCCUAAUGCACACAAGAGCAAAACCUCACGCAGAGAGAGGACCCGAGUCCAGCCACCACUUCUGCCUGGUCUUCCUGAUGAUCUGGCCAUUGCAUGUCUGAUUCGAGUUCCUCGAGCUGAACAUCGAAAGCUCCGUCUAGUUUGUAAGAGAUGGUACCGCCUUCUUGCUGGAAAUUUCUUUUAUUCUCUUAGGAAAAGUCUUGGAAUGGCAGAGGAGUGGGUUUAUGUCAUCAAGAGAGACCGUGAUGGAAAGAUCUCAUGGAAUGCUUUUGAUCCUGUCUAUCAGAUCUGGCAACCACUUCCACCAGUUCCUCGUGAAUAUUCUGGGGCCCUUGGUUUUGGUUGUGCUGUUCUAAGUGGUUGUCACCUAUACUUAUUUGGAGGAAAGGAUCCGCUUAGGGGGUCUAUGAGACGAGUCAUUUUCUACAGUGCCCGGACAAAUAAAUGGCAUAGGGCACCGGAUAUGCUUCGUAAGCGUCAUUUCUUUGGUUCUUGUGUCAUAAAUAACUGCCUAUAUGUGGCUGGUGGAGAGUGUGAAGGGAUCCAAAGGACUCUCCGCUCAGCUGAGGUUUAUGACCCUAACAAGAACCGGUGGAGCUUUAUUUCAGAUAUGAGCACGGCUAUGGUGCCUUUCAUAGGCGUGGUUUAUGAUGGAAAGUGGUUUCUAAAAGGCCUUGGGUCCCACCGUGAGGUGAUGAGUGAAGCCUACGAUCCAGAAACUAGUACCUGGACCCCAAUCAGGGAUGGGAUGGUUGCUGGUUGGCGCAAUCCUAGCAUCAGUUUGGAUGGACGUCUCUAUGCCUUGGAUUGCCGGGAUGGCUGCAAGCUUAGGGUUUAUGAUGAAGCCUCAGAUACGUGGAACAAAUUUAUAGAUAGUAAGCUCCAUCUAGGGAGUUCUCAUGCUAUGGAGGCAGCUGCUCUUGUUCCUCUCAAUGGGAAGCUUUGCAUUGUCCGGAACAACAUGAGUGUUAGCCUGGUUGAUGUUUCCAGUCCUGACAAACGCGUAGAGAGUAACCCUCACCUUUGGGAGAAUAUAGCCGGGAGAGGUAAUCUCAGGACUCUCGUUACAAAUUUAUGGUCAAGUAUAGCCGGCCGAGGUGGUUUGAAAAGUCACAUUGUGCACUGUCAGGUGCUUCAAGCAUGA